AUGCAGCAGCCGCGGCGGCGGCGGCGAGGGCCGGGGCGGUGUCUCGGGGCCGAGAGCCGCGGGCGCUUCCCCGCGGGCGUCUCCCUGAGUGACCGAGCGUCCUACAGAGGCACCAACAAGUCGCCCGUGCCCCGCAGCUUCCCCCGCGCUGAGCCCGGCUGCCCCGCGCCCGGCUCGGAGAUGGCGCGGCCGCGCUCUGGCCGCUUCUCGCCGCCGCACUACCUGGACCCGUACGGGUCGGAGCCGGAGCCGGCUGGCUGGGAAGGGGGCUGCAGCUCGGCCCCGACGUACCAGAAAGCGGGGCUGAGGAAGGGGCAGAAGAGCCGGGUCCCCCAGCAGUCACGCCGCUCCUCCUCCUGGCAGCGGCAUGUGCCCCCGGCGCGGGAAGGAUAUGCGACCUCCCUGAACCCCUCCUGCACCAGCCUCUUCCGGGGGGACUUCCCGGGGCACCACGACAGCAGCCCCUCGGGCCGGGGCAGCCGGCUGGACGAGGUGCUCAGGGAGGACCAGUGGGCCAGCCCUGUGCAGAGGACCCGGGAGUAUGGCCCAGAUUUCAUCUCGGAGGCCAGCAAGCCCCUCUCCGCCUGCGCCUCCUCUUCCUCCUGCCAGCUGGAUGCCGCCCCCAGCAAGCCCGGGAAGAAAGAGCUCAAGAGCGGGGGCUGGCAGGAGGCUUGUGAGAGCAGCCCAAGCCUGAGUGACUUGAUUCACUCCUUUGCCAGACAGUAUGAAGAUGAGGAUGAAGAGGAUACACAGGCUGAAAACAAUUACCACAAACACCUCCUCCACCAUCCCCCGAGGUCAAGAAGGAGAGAGCCCCAGGUCAGCAUCCAGGAUCUAACUGAUCAGAGAUAUGAGGACUUAAUCCCUGAAAGGGACCGAAAGAUUGCAGCUCUGAUGCUGGCCAGGCAUCGGGAGAAGCAGGAUCUGAAAGAGAGGCAGCUGCAGACCUCUGAUGCUUGGGAUAAGAUGAGACAGAGGGAUAAGAAGAUCAAAUCAAAACUGGAAAAAGAAAGGCAGCACCAUCUUGCUGAAAGCCUGGAGAAGUGGCAAAGAGACAAAGAGCACAGGAAAGCCAGGCUCUGGCUAGAAGAGCAAGAGCUUUUGAAGGCCAGAGAGAAAGAAAUGAUGUUACAGCACAAGAAGUGGGAAAAAGUAGCCGAGGAGCAAGAAAUGAGGCGGAAGGAAAAACGUGAAAGAACUAAAGUCCAGGCUGAGUACAGGAAACGCUGUCAAGAAAAGCAACUGAGAGAGAAAAGACUAGCUGAGAAGAAUGCUAAGCAGUACAACUAUAAUCUAUUAAAGGAAAAAAUGGCGCAGGCCUUUGAAAAAAGACUGUUGAAAGAAAUGGAGGGGAAGAAAAGGAGUCAAGAUCUGAACCAAUAUGAAAAAAACAGACACAGGCCCCUGAAAGCGCAAAUGGAUCACCAAGUCAAAGCUGAUGAGCUUUAUAAGAGGCUUUCUAUAGAACAAAAGCUUCAAAGAUCUCAAGAAAUCCUUGAUCAGCUGAUGGAAGAAAGGAACAAAGAAUUAAAAGAAAAAUCUCUAAGGGGUGAAGAACAAGGCCUAUUGGCCAAGUUUAGAGCAAAAGAGACCGAGGAAGAAAAAAGAAAGCGUAAAAAUAUGUUGCUGCAGAUAGCGGAGAUGAAGAUCCAGCAAGCCCGAGAAAUUAUGUCUAAAAAUAUCCAAGACAAAGCACAGCGUAGCAAGGAAAGUAACUAUUUAAAAUAAAUGAACCACCACUUUCGAAAACAAAAAGUUGAAGAUGAUGAAAAAUGUCACCUACAGGAAAUUCAGGAAGCCAUCAAAAGGAAAGAUGAAAAAAGCAAUAGAAUUUUAAGGGACAAGGAAACUGCUAUUGAAGACUCUAGAAAGAUAGCCAGAGCAUCUUAUGACCUGAGAGAAAAAGUGAGAGAACUAAUUAACAGCCAUUCAUUUGACUAGAUGACUGUAGAAGUCCAUCACAAUGCAAGUCUUCAUAAAGGGAUCUAGUAAGACUUAAAAAGAAAAAUUGCAAUCAUUCUUGUGCUAAAAUGAUGGCUUGCAAUACAUUCAGUUUGUGGCUUGUCUGGAAUUCUGCAUUGUAUUACACUAAAAUGGUUUCACCCUUAACCUGGGUGUGUCUCAAAUGCACUGAUCAUUUCAAUAGGAUUAUGGCCUAAAGGAUUCAGUGUUUAUUUAAAGUGCACCAUUUUGCAAUUGUAUUCUGUUUAUAAACUGAAAAUGGGUCACCUGGAAUCUAUACUAUUUAACUGAUUAAUGUAGAAGGUAGAUCUUGUUGGAAUCCAGAAAAGGUUCCUAAAAAAGCACAAAUGCUAUCUAAUUGCAGGCACACUGUGAAAACUUGGGCAGAUACCUUGUCUUAGUCUGCAUUUGUAAAGCACCUUACAGUAUUAAUGCUACAUAAACCCAUAACAACAAAGGUCUAGGUUCCAAGAUUCCAAGAACUGAAUAAUGCAACAUCCGCAAAUAUUAAGUAACUUGUUUUUUUUCUGCCUUCAAGCACUUAGUAAAUACCCUGAUCAUACCAUAUAUUUGGUGAGAAACCAUUACAUAAGUAUGUUAGACAUGAAUCAUGCCAGAUCUAAACAAUCUAUGGAUGCAGGUAUUUUGAGACUGAUAGUGCUUUGAUACAGUGGAGUUCUUGCUUAGUUCUCACUGUGAGCCAUAUGCUUUUUUUUUUAAUAUAUAAAAGAUGUUCAUUUCAAUAGGGAGUUCCACAUAUUGACAGAUAGAGGAUCUGACCCUGAUUGUAUAAAGAUUUGGUUGCUUUCAUACUGAACAUGCAUGUAUCCAAACAUUUUCUUUAUUUCUAUUUCUGGUGUCUGGUUAUUUCCUCGACUGUUUAAAAUCUGAACUUUUCAAGCACUGAACACAUUUGAGUGUGGCUUUUAAAAAAAAACGCUAUUAUUUUAUCAUAUCUGCAUUUGAUAGACUAGAUGCAUGGCUAAUGUUAGAGACUUAAACCUUCCUCUCUUACCCCAAUCUUUCACCAGUACUGAUUUGACACUAGAAAGAAUGCUACUGAUCAAUAUAUAAAGAAAAAAUAUUUACCAAUAGAGUAUGUGGAGUGAAAUCCAGAUGCAACUGAAGUCAGUAGCAAAAUUCCCAUUGACUUUUGUGGGGUUAGGAUUUCCCCCCUCCUAUAGCAGAUUUUAAAGUCACUCAUUUACAAUCUAGUUAAGGGACUGCCAUACUUCCACUGUCCCAAAUGUGUCAUACUUCAGCAAAAAGGUGCCCAAAGGCAUCAAAUUCAAGUGCUUUCAUCUUGAAUAGAUUCAACUCGAUUCACUUGGUCAAAAUGCUUCAUAUCACAUAAGGUUUCAGAACACUGAAUUAUAUUAAAAAUGGAAGGGGUGAAAUCCUAGCCCCACUGAAGUGGGCUUGGAUGCUUUCCCACCAUGUCCAAACAAACAUUCAGCUUCUAGUUUUUACUUGCUGAGAUCACAAUAUGGUUUUAUUUCUAAUUAAUUGUAUUGCUUUUGAAGCACAGCUAAAGUUCCAUUUUGGACAUUUAGUUGAAUUUACUGAGAUCUUAAUGCAACAUAAAAUGCAUCUCUUGUCCAUUUCCUGUAGUUAUGGACAUUAUGAUGUUGGUUUUAAAAAACUGACAAGCACAUUUGAGAUGCAGUUUCUGGAACUAGAAUAUUCCAAGAAGCUAUUUUAAACAGUGGCAAUAGGAGGCUCGGGAAUGCUGUGUGUAUUUGAAAAUCUAAGCUUUCAAUUAAAAUGUAAAGUUUGUAUAUUAUGUUGUAUAGUAUUUCCUCUUAGCUGAGCUUUUAAAGCACCGAACAAAUUUGGCUACAGCUUUUUUAAAACAUUUGUUAUAAUUCUGCCAUAUGAAUGCUACUUCAAUCAGUAGAAAGCCAUAUGGUAAAGGACUGGUAAUGAUACAGAAGGCCUUCCACUUCACGAACACUGAGUUAUUCCCAUUGGUAAAAUUACCAGUGGUCAGUUUUAGUUCUCAAACAUUUAAUCAAUCUUACAUAUAUACUCCAAAUAAUUCAUAUACUGAAUUUAAUUCUAGUAAUAGCUAAAUAAUCCAAAACAGUAAUCAUUUUGGAAAUAUUCUGUUUACAUUAUAAUAUGUGGAAUAAUUUUGUUGUUCCUACAUUGUACAAUUAGUAGCUUUAUGCAAAGAAAAUGUAAAAGGAACUAUAUCGGAAACAGUUUUAAGUGGAAUUACUAAUGUAAAAUAUAUUAAUUGCUUUAAAGACUGAAUAACAUAUUUUACUCUUGUUGAAACCAGUGGAUUAUUUGAUUUUUAUAUCAAAAUAUUCUGAGUACUUCUAAAACACUUAGAUGUAGAUGUAGAGUUUUGUGAUGUGAAGCAAUAUUUGCAUCAAGUUGAAUACUACUGAAACUUCAAAUUGUAAAACAAGAUGUAGUAGACCACCUAAGAAUAGUAUCAGAGGGGUAGCUGUGUUAGUCUGGAUGUGUAAAA